AUCGAUAUAUCGAAAAACGUGACGUGAGGCGCAGGUGUUUUUUUCCUGUUUGUUGCAGGAGAAUAGUAGACUUCUCAUUGUUGGAGUAAUUAACUUCAAUAAAAUACAAUAACAGAUUCUCCGGGAUAAUCCUCAGCCCUCGUCUUCUUCAAAGAGUUAAUCGAGGAAAAUGGCGACCCCGGAGUCAUCGUCUGAAGUCAAGUUGUUUACGAGAGCUGAAGUUUCUAAGCACAAGGACAGUAAAGACGCUUGGAUUAUUAUUCAUAACAUUGUUUAUGAUGUCACGAAGUUUCUCAGUGAGCACCCAGGAGGUGAGGAAGUGCUCCUGGAGCAGGCAGGAGUUGAUGGUACUGAACCCUUCGAGGACGUGGGACAUUCCAGUGAUGCCAGACAGAUGAUGGAGCCAUACAAAAUCGGAGAAAUCGUCGAGGAAGAGAGAAGUCCCUCGUCGAAGGGCGACAAAAAACGCGAUUGGGCGAGUGGAGCUGGAGAGGACGACGGAUCCAGUGGUUCAUGGAGAUCCUGGCUGAUUCCAAUAACUCUAGGAGUCCUUGCAACCAUCAUAUACCGUUACUUCAUCGGUGCUCGCUGAAGAAAUCAUUCCUCAAUGAGAUUAAAUAUCUCCUCCAUACUCUCUCCUUUUGCGCUUUAUCAGGGAGUUUAUAAUCAAAGCUGAAAAGCGAGAGACGACGAACUAUUGUUACAAUUAUACUUUUUAUUAUUUUUUACAUUGUAAUAGACGAUCAGGGCCUAGUGAUAAA